UUUAAAAGGUUGUCCAAUGUAGGACAACGUUAAUCUCAGACUCAAAGAUACAUAUUUGAUUGCCUCGCGCGCUUUGCCUUUACAGUUCCCAGGUAUUGAGUUAACCCACGUACGGAUCACCGAACUUAUAUACUUAACAAAGAAGGAAACGCUUCUACACCUCUCUCUAUUUUUCGUUUCUUUUGUUUUUGGUUCCCUGUAAAGUUUCAUUAACAAUUUAUAGAAAGGAGAGAAGGAUUUGGCUAUGGAAUAUUUGAAUUUCUCCAAACGGCCAUCAUCGCCGCUAGAACCCGGUACUUACACAGCGCAAGAAUCCGCACGCUACCCCCACCACCACGCGCGCGGCAGGGCGUGCAAUUGCAAGGAUAUCGAAGGUAAAAUACCGCGAAGAGCGUUGACUAGGUCGGGGAGGUCGAGACCUCGACGGCGGUCACCUGAGGGAUUCAAGGUCUUACCGGGACAGGUGGCUUUGCGAUUGUUCUGCCCCCAGUCUAUGAUCGGAGGCCUUAUCGGGAGUUCUGGUGCCGUCGUGUCUCAGCUCCGGCGAGAGACUGAUACUAAAAUCCACUGCGAGAAUUCAGCUCCCGGGUCAGACGAAAGAGUUGUUUUGGUCAUCGGGUCCAGGUUGCCUAAUAAAAGGAUCGUCCUGAGUACUGAGGAGUGUGACGUGUCGAGCGCUCAGGAUGCGAUGCUUAGGGUUUUGGAGAGAAUCUGGACUUUGGAGGUAGAGAAUGAGGGUGUUACUACUUCGGCUUCUGCUUCCAUGCGAGUGGUUUCUUGUAGAUUGCUCGCUGAGAAGUCUCAGAUUGGUGCGGUGAUGGGAAAAGGAGGGACAAAUAUUACCAGAAUGAGAAAGGAGACCUCUGCUAAUAUUAGGAUCGCCUCAGCUAGGCAAGAGGGAUUAGACAAAGUUAUUCAGAUUAUUGGAACUGUUUUGGCUGUAAAGAAGGCUUUCAUUGCAGUUUCUAGUUGUAUUCAAGAUCAAUCUACCCUAGAAAGUGAGGUCGCCUUUUUGAACAGAUCUACAGAGUGUUCUUCCCGUGGGAUGUUUCAUGAUUCUGAGACUAAUGCUGAGAUUUUCCCAAAUCUUAGUUCGUUGUUACCACAAACUUCUGUUAAUAUAAACACUGCUUCAGUUGACUAUUCCAAGGCAGACUCCGAUGGAGUCUCCAACAAGUAUGGCACAAAGAAUACGCAACAAGAAGUUAUGUUUCGACUUAUUUGCUCAAAUGAUACAGCUGGGAGCGUGAUUGGUAGAAAAGGGUCCAUAGUCAAAGCUCUAGAGAAUGAGACUGGUGCUGGUAUAAGAUUUGCAAAUCCUAAGAAUAGCUCUGGUGAGCGUGUUAUUACUAUUUCUGCAUUUGAGGACAUGGAGUCAGAGUACUCUCCAGCACAAAAUGCUGUUAUUCUUGUGUUUGCUAGAAUUGUUGAAGGGGACAUCGAGAAAGGGUUUUUAUUAGAUUUCAGUAAUGGUACAACUGUAACAGCAAAGCUUCUAGUUGCGACAGAUCUAGUUGCUUGCUUAAGUGAAAAUGAAAGUAAGGUCAUUAAAGAAAUCGAAGAAGCAUCUGGUGCUGACAUACGAAUACAGGAUGGAACUCUACAAAAUCAAGUGGUACAGGUACAGAUCACUGGUGAGUAUAUAACUGUACAAAGUGCUCUAUUUCAAGUCACUAGUACUCUUAGGAAUCACCUUAUGCAUCGCGAGGUCCUUAAUGGCAUGGGCGCAAGGAGUUCCUUCGCUACUGAUGAAGCUCUGUUAACAAGUUUGAGAAACCGAGUUGUACUCUCUCGUAGUCCAGGUGCUUUUCAACCAAAGCUACCUCAGAAUAUGAAAACGGAGUAUGGCAACUACAACACUGAUGCUAGGGAUGCUUUCAAAAGAUAUGAGGUGAAUCUUGAAUUUGGAAGUGGGAACAAACUUGCUGUAGUGACUAAUACUAUUCUGGAGAUAGUAGUUUCAAGGCACGCUUUUAACUCAAUCUACGGCAAAGAUGGUUGCAAUUUAAAUCGUCUUAAAGAGAUUUCAGGAGCCAAAGUUGAAGUGCACGAUCCUCGUCCAGGGGAAAGUGAAGGGAAGGUUGUUAUAUCCGGGACACCUGAUCAAACCUUGAGAGCACAGAGUCUACUCCAAGCUUUCAUCUAAACUACGAAGAAAUCAUGAAACCAGAAUAAAUUUAAUUUGAUCUAAAAAACAGAUUUUUGACCAUUUUAUUUCAUACAGUUGAGCAGAGGAGGUAUAUUCGAAGUGUUUUCAUGUUUUGUGUACAUUCUACUAAAAGGUAGCCACCAACUAAGAAUAGAAUCACAGUACAGUAUAGAUAAUCUCAUUCAUGAAUAGUAUUAUUACCUAUUACCUUAGGACAUUUUCGUAUGGGAGAAAUAGAACAUAUAUCUUUUAUCUUUUGUUGCGUAGAUACGUCCAAGGUUCUUGAUCGACUAGCAUGUGAUAGUGAAAUUGUGUAGUUUUUUUUGUGAGUAACUAGAUAAGUACACCCGUUGAUUCAACAUAGAAAUGCAUUGUGUGUGUUUUUUUUUU